AUGCGGAGAAAGCCUUCGACCGACUCCACUGGAGGUUCCUGGAGGAGGUCAUGAAAAAAUUUGAGAUACCAGAGGAGUUCAGAGCAGUGGUUGAGGCCCUACACAGUGAGCUCUCUACGAGGGUAAUAAACACGGGAUUCCUGUCCGAGGCAUUCACUAUAUCAAAUGGGAUGAGACAGGGGUGCCCUUUGUCAUCCCUGCUUUACAUCCUGGCCCUGGACCCACUAGCAGCUAGAAUCAGGGAUAGCGUAGAUAUACGGGGAGGUCUGCAUUGGAGACCGCACAUACAAGGCCAACUUCCCUGCUUGAUACAUGGCCAGGGAGGGAAGCUAUAUUAUUCCCUGGUGGUCCAGUGGAUGGGCAAGAUGUUACUUACUUUUACAGCAGCUCCGGUCAGCUUCCUACUCCUCCGUGCCAUUCAGCUCCACUGUAAAUCUCGCGGUCUGACGGCCGCAGCUCUCACGAGACUUAUACUGUGAGCAGAACGGAGCUGACAGGGGAGAUGCACGGAGGUGAAGGGAGCUGAACGGAGCUGCUGUAAAGGUAAGUAACAGCUUGCUCCCAGCCCCCAACAGGACUGCCGGGCUUUUAAUGAGCCCGGUGGUCCUGGUCUGUAUUAUGGCAAAUGUAAGUUGCCAUAAUACAGACACUGACUCGAGUAUAAAAAAUGUGCCAAAAAACUUGUCUUAUACUCAAGUAUAUACUGUAUAUAAUUUUCUUUUAUUUAUUUUUUUACUGAAAAGUGGAGUAAAUAAAUGGUUAUGUUGAUCAGACAGAAUGCUUGUGGUACAGUGAUCAGAAAGCAGGAAAGGUUUAAAACAGAAAGAAAAGAAAAUAUUUUAACAAGGAAAAAAAACAAAAAUCAAUGGCAUUUCUGCCUCUCUUGUCUCAGAUCAAAGUUGGGAAAGAAAGGCAGAAUGUUCAAAUUAAUUGGCUGUGACAUUGUACCAGUGAUCACUGUGCCAACUUGUCACAGCAAUCAUGUGACACUGGGAGUUGCCUGAGUUGCCUCAAUUUGGUUUAGCUGGGUUAUGUAUUAUUUUUCAUUUUUAUUACUUUCCAGGACAUAUUGACAUGUCUUAACUUCUUGAAUGAGUUAAUUGAUUUUACAAAUGGCCACAAAUGUAUAAACUAUCAAUGUCCAUAACAUUUUGAUGUUUACAUUUUUUUUUUGUUUUUUAGAUCAGUUAUGGAGCCACCGACUAUACUCUAAGUGAUAGACAUCUUUAUCCUAACUUCUUCCGAAUGCUUCAAAAUGAUAGAGUCAUUAAUAAGAUUAUUUCUCAGCUUUUGAAGCACUUCAACUGGUUUUGGAUUGGAAUCUUAGCAUCAGAUGAUUCAAGUGGAGAGACAGAGGAACUGGUUUUAAGGAAGUAUAUGGCUGAAUAUGGUAUAUGUGUGGCGUUCAUUCUGAAAUUUAAUAUUAAUUCACAUAAAUUUGCAAAUGCAAUUAAUCAAAUUUCACCAGUUAUCCAAGGGUCAUCUGCCAAAGUUAUUUUAAUUAUUGGAUCAUUUAAUCUUGCAAUAGUGGACAUUUUACUUGGUGCAAAACAUUUGUUUUAUGGUAAAACAAUAAUUCUUCCUCCUUCUUGGUCUGCUAACAAUUUUUUAACAGAUUAUUUUAUUGAACCAUUGAAUGGCAGUUUGGCCAUAGACCUGUACCCUAUGGCUAUUCCACCAUUUGGAUCCUUUUUUGAUAAUAUUAAUCCCUCAAAGUACCCAAAUGACAAAAUGCUUGAAGAUAUCUGGAUAUCAGAAUUAAAUUGUCUGUCACGAAAUACAACCAAGAACAUUCUAUUCUCUACAAAAUUUGGGAACAAAUUGUCUAAUUGCACUGGAAGUGCAUAUACACUAAAAGCUAAGGAUCAUGUGUACCGUGGAUCUUCUCCUCGAAUGUAUUAUGCAGUAGUUGUUAUGGCUUAUGCCUUGAAUGAAAUGAACAUGUAUCUUAAGAGACAGUCAAAUAAAAUAAAUUUAAAAAACUAUAAUUACAGACAUCAG